AGACCUGGCAACCCGGCGAGCUGUUCUGUUCUUCCGGUUUCAGAGUUGAUCCGACUAAAUCAAGCGGAAGUGCACGAGCGUGUAUGUGAGGUGUAAAUGCCACCGGGAGCGCGAGACAAACAGCGGAGUGGUUUUAUACAGGUAACGGGAGCAGACGAGAACAUCCACCUGAUUCAGAAGUAAGGCACCAGUGUGUCAUAACACGUUGGAAGAACUUGGUGACUUGGUUGUGAGCAUCACCACUGGGUCAGGAAUGUCUGAGGCUAGUCUCGAGUCACAGAAGAGCCUUUCAGUCACUCAGGAAGAGGUUCAGAGUGACAUGGACAAGUCUGUGAGCCAGUCAGAGAGCUUGACUGAUGACACGCAUGUGACUCAGAGCCAAAUUAAUGCCAGUAAAGGUGCUAAAAACCUCAGCCAUCAGCGUAAUGGUGAGGAUGAUGAAGGCCACCAGGAUACAGUAAUGCAGAACUGCAGCAAUAGUGAUAGUGUUUAUACAGUCACUAAGGAGAAGUCUAAUCCUGAAGCAUCACAGAAUAUAAAGCUGGUCAUGUCAGAUGAGGCCUGCAGAAGUCCAGCUGCUGAGCUGUCAGUCAGCAGUAACGGAGACUCGGGUGGAGACGUUUACCAGCAUGAUGUGUCACAUGGACCAAUCACAUCACACAUCCACAGUGCAUCAGACCAUGGCAUGAGUGAGGGUGUGAUUGCAGUGGGACCAAACACAGGACAGAAGAGUCAGCCUUCAUCCUCCUCAUCUCCACCUCCUAGCGUGGCUCCCAGUCAUGUGGCGGCUAGUCGUCUGUCUCACUCUGGCAGCGAUAGUCAGGUGGAGAGAGAGACAGGUUCGGGAAAAGAACAGUCUAACAGCGGUGCCGUGGUUCUCGCAGAUGACAUGAAAAACCCGGCGAUGGAAAAACUCGAGUUGGUCAGAAAGUGGAGCAUUAACACAUACAAAUGCACUAAGCAGAUCCUGUCGGAGAAGCUGGGUCGUGGAUCACGCACCGUGGAUUUGGAACUGGAGGCUCGAAUCGAUGUGCUGCAUGAAAACAAGCGUAAAUAUGUGCAGGUUGUGAAUCUGGCACAGACGCUGGCCAGUCAGCUCGCUCAGAUGAUGCAGACGCAACGUCAACUGGGUGAUGCCUUUGCUGACCUUAGUCUCAAAACUCCUGAGCUGCAUGAGGAGUUUGGCUAUAAUGCUGACACUCAGAAGCUCCUGUCUAAGAACGGUGAGACCCUUUUAGGAGCCAUCAACUUCUUUAUUGCCAGCAUCAACACUCUGGUGAACAAAACCAUAGAGGACACUAUGAUCAACAUCAAACAGUACGAAGCAGCUAGAAUUGAAUAUGAUGCGUAUCGUACAGAUCUGGAGGAACUGAAUCUCGGUCCACGAGACUCCACCACACUGCCCAAGAUCGAGCAAUCUCAGAUCCAAUUCCAGAUGCAUCGUGAAAAGUAUGAGAAGAUGCGCAAUGACGUCUCCAUUAAACUUAGAUUCCUAGAGGAGAAUAAGGUGAAGGUUCUCCACAACCAGCUGACCCUUUUCCACAAUGCCAUCGCUGCAUAUUUUGCUGGAAACCAACAGCACCUGGAGCAGACGCUUAGACAGUUUCAUGUCAAACUGAAAAUGCCUGGUGCAGACACACCCUCCUGGUUAGAGGAACACUGAGUUCUUAUCUAAACCCCCUUCAAAGAUCCUGCAAGUGGUUUGAUCCAGAGAAGAAGCAAGAAGUUCAUGCACUCCUCAAAUACUAAAAAUCUGAAAAACACCCAGUCUUCUUGCCAUUUUCCUGUUUUUCUACUCAAGUACACUAAAGCUGUUAACUAAUUAAAAUUUUGGAGGGGAAAAGAAACUUAAGAACAUAUAAUUUCACUUUGGGUUUUUAAGCAAGUGUUUAUCUGGGAGAAGUUUAUUGUUUGUGUGUGGGAGAAAAUCAGUCAUGCACUUUAAUAACGUCCUGAAAUGGUUGCGACAAAUCAGAUCUUUUUAUAAAAACACAAUAUUUUAUUGAAUGUAAACCAAAGGGUCUAAACAAUAAAAAAUAAAAGUCCAGGUCUGCCCAGAACCUUUCUCCUACUCUGGUUUCUCUGCAUUUCUUCUGAACCCAAUUGAUUUUUCUUCAUACUUUCAACUGGAGAAAUCCCAAUUUCCACAGUUGCCAGGUUUGAGAACCGUGAGUUUGGAACAGUGUUUUUUUUUUUUUUUUCCCUUACAUUUUGGAAAAGUAAGAAAAUAAUGAUGCCCUGUUUUUAUUAAUUAGAGAGGAGGGCAAAUCUUUAAAACCCUUUAUAUUUAAAGUGAAUGUUUUCAGAAGCUUUCAAAUUGACAAUAAUGUGCCUUUUCUCUCUGUCAGUUAGAAAUACAGUACAUGCUGUGGACCAAAACACACCAAUACUUGUGUACCUUAAUGAUGUGUAACCACAAGGUCCUGCAGCUUCUUUUUCACUCUUUACUAUAUAUCCACUUUUUAAUUUUAUAAAUUCUCAUGUACUUUAUCUGCAUUCCUGAUUAUAAAAAGUUUCAGAACUCUUUUGUAUUUUAUAGAAACCAAAAACAGAUGUUUGUGUGUCUGGGAUGUUUGUGACUGCUCUUUUGUUUCGCACUUUUGCUUGCUGAUACUUUUAAUAAUGAAUCUAUAUUUCUUCAACAUGUUUGCGAAUCUCAAAGCUCAGAAAGUGAAAAAGAAAUCUUCAUUAAAAAUACUUUGUAGUCCAA